AGGGGGAGGGCAGAGCUUGGGGAGAACAAGUAUCAGGGAGAAGGGACUGGAGGUAUUCCUGGAUCUCACAGAUACAGGAACACUCAAAGUUACUUCCUUGCUUCCUGUCCCAUCCACAGAAAACUUUGCCCACUGAAGUCAGACUUAACUAGGGUUCCAUGGGCCAGUAAGCACUUGGCCUAUUACCAGGGCUGGGGGCAGGAGGAAAGUCGAGAUUCCCCAAAGAGGUGGCCCAGGAGGCCCCCAAGGAGGUGGUCCACCAGAGUUGCUCCCAGGUCUGCACCGUCCUCGCUGGCAAUGCCGAGAGAGAUAGCUCAAUCUCUCUCUCCUCUAAGGAGGCCCAGGGAAGUCCAGGGUCACCAUCAUCUGAAGUCACUUUCCAAAAAGGACCAUAUCAUCAUCUAUUCCAGGAUUGAAGAGGGAAUGGCUAUGGCCACAGCUCCAAAGCGAGCCUGGCCCCCAUGGCCCCCUCUCCUGUUCCUGCUCCUCCUGCCCGGAGGGAGCUGUGGCGGGUGCCCUGCUGUCUGUGACUGCACCUCCCAGCCACGGGCAGUGCUCUGUGCCCAUCGGCGACUGGAGGCUGUGCCUGGGGGACUCCCACUGGACACUGAGCUCCUGGACCUGAGUGGGAAUCGCCUGUGGGGGCUUCAGCAGGGCAUGCUCUCCCGCCUGGGCCUGCUCCAGGAGCUGGACCUCAGCUACAACCAGCUGUCCACCCUGGAGCCUGGAGCCUUCCACGGCCUCCAAAGCCUACUCACCCUGAGGCUGCAGGGCAAUCGGCUGCGGAUCAUGGGGCCUGGGGUCUUCUCGGGCCUAUCUGCCCUCAGGCUGCUGGACCUCCGCCUCAACCAGAUUGUCCUGUUCCUUGACGGAGCAUUUGGGGAGCUGGGCAGCCUCCAGCAGCUGGAGGUGGGGGACAACCACCUGGUGUUUGUGGCUCCAGGGGCCUUUGCAGGGCUGGCCAAGCUGAGCACCUUCACGCUGGAACGCUGCAACCUCAGCACAGUGCCUGGCCUGGCCCUGGCCCGCCUCCCGGCACUGGUGGCCCUAAGGCUUCGAGAACUGGAUAUCGGGAGGCUGCCAGCCGGGGCACUCCGGGGGCUGGGGCAGCUAAAGGAGCUGGAGAUCCACCACUGGCCAUCACUGGAGGCUCUGGAGCCUGGGAGCCUGGUUGGGCUCAAUCUCAGCAGCCUGGCCAUCACCCGCUGCAAUCUGAGCUCAGUGCCCUUCCAGGCGCUCCACCACCUGAGCUUCCUCAGGGUCCUGGAUCUGUCUCAGAACCCCAUCUCGGCCAUCCCAGCCCGGAGGCUCAGUCCUCUGGUGCGGCUCCAGGAGCUGCGACUGUCGGGCGCGGGCCUCACCUCCAUUGCCGCCCACGCCUUCCACGGCCUGACUGCUUUCCACCUCCUAGACGUGGCGGACAAUGCCCUUCAGACUCUAGAGGAAACAGCCUUCCCUUCUCCGGACAAACUCGUCACCCUGAGGCUGUCUGGCAACCCCCUGACCUGUGACUGCCGCCUCCUCUGGCUGUUACGGCGCCGCGGCCGCCUGGACUUCGGCUCCUCGCCCCCGGCCUGUGCCGGCCCACGGCCCGUGCAGGGCAAGAGCCUGAGGGAGUUUUCAGACAUCCUACCUCCCGGGCAUUUCACUUGCCAGCCGGCCCUGAUCCGGAAGUCCGGGCCACGGUGGGUCAUUGCAGAGCAGGGGGGGCAUGCUGUUUUCUCCUGCUCUGGAGACGGGGACCCAGCCCCGACUGUCUCCUGGAUGAGACCUCAGGGGGCUUGGCUGGGAAGGGCUGGGCGAGUGAGGGUCCUAGAGGAUGGGACGCUGGAGAUCCGCUCAGUGCAGCUACAGGACAGAGGGGCCUAUGUCUGCGUGGUCAGCAAUGUUGCUGGGAAUGACUCCCUGAGGACCUGGCUAGAAGUAAUCCAAGUUGAACCACCAAAUGGCACUCUCUCUGACCCCAAUAUCACCAUGCCAGGGAUCCCAGGGCCCUUCAUCCUGGACAGCAGAGGUGUUGCUAUGGUGCUGGCAGUUGGCUUCCUCCCCUUCCUCACCUCAGUGACCCUCUGCUUUGGCCUCAUUGCCCUCUGGAGCAAGGGCAAAGGCCGGGUCAAACAUCACAUGACCUUUGACUUUGUGGCACCUCGGCCCUCUGGGGAUAAGAACUCUGGGGGUAACCGGGUCACUGCCAAGCUCUUCUGACCUUUCCUUCCACACUGGAAUUCCAGCCAAGCCAGCUUCAGAUACCAAAAGAGAAAAAAGAAAACCAAGGCUGCUUGCACCAGAACCUAGUCCUACACCUGCCCGCAUCGUGCCAGCAGCUAAUGACACCUCCCGAUGGUCUGCCUCCCCCUGCUUUUGCAGUUUGAGGGUCCCAGGGGGCAGGAGAUGUAAAUCCAUAGUCAGCCCAGCCCUACCCACCCAUCCCCCUGACACAAAGCAGGAAACAGCCCCAAGGCUCCAGUCUGUUUGUUCGCACACACUUACACCCUUUAACAAUCACUACUGACUGCCAACCACAGUUAUAAGAUUAUUGCAGAGGUGCGGCGCCUGGGUGGCUCAGUCGUUAAGCGUCUGCCUUCGGCUCAAGUCAUGGUCCCAGGGUCCUGGGAUCGAGCCCCACAUUGGGCUCCCUGCUUGGCAGGAAGCCUGCUUCUCCCUCUCCCGCUCCCCCUGCUUGUGUUUCCUCUCUUGCUGUGUCUCUCUGUCAAAUAAAUAAAUAAAAUCUUAAAAAAAAAAAAAUUAUUGCAGAGGUGAGGCUGGGAAGUGCCACUUGCUUCUCAGAGUUUCUGCUCCUCAACCAGGCAGUCUCCCUCUUUUUUCUGCUCUGUCCCCUCCCAGGCACAAGGAACUAGGGCCAAGGACCUCAGGCUAAGAAGAUAUGAGUGUGCAAUAGGGGAGGAGGGACAGACUACACAUUGGUGCUGUGUCUGCAUGAGCCUCAAAUACGUGCCCCAUCUGUCACAUCAUUAAACUUGCUGCCAAAUGGC